AUGAACGACGCAGAGGGUCUCGCCAUCGCAAUCGAGGAGGCCAAGACUGGUGCCUCCGAGGGCGGCGUCCCGAUCGGAGCCGCCCUUGUCUCCGCGGACGGCAAGCUCCUCGGCCGCGGCCACAACCGCCGCGUGCAAAUGGGCUCUGCCAUCCACCAUGGCGAGACCGACGCCCUCUUCAACUCGGGCCGCCUGCCCGGCAAAGCCUACAAGGGCAGCACAAUGUACACGACCCUGUCACCCUGCGACAUGUGCACGGGCGCCUGCCUCCUCUACGGCAUCUCCCGCGUCGUCAUCGGCGAGAACAAGACCUUCCUCGGCGGCGAGGCGUACCUCAAGCAGCGCGGCGUCGAGGUCGUCGUUUUGGACAGUGCCGAGUGCAAAGCGCUCAUGGACAAGUUCAUUGCCGAGAAGCCUGAAGUCUGGAACGAGGACAUUGGCGAGGAAUAG